AUGAUAGCAUUAGAAAAUUUUGUUGAUCAAUUUGUUUUACUAUUAAUUUCAUUAAUACAACAGCAACAACAAGAUCGAAUUAAACUAUUAAAAGAAAAUAAUCAAAUAACAAGUAAAUCACGAUCAUUAGAUGAUAUUGUAUUAUUGGAAACAUUAGAUUUAUCAAAUUUAAUUCGUCAUUUUGAUACUAAUUAUGAUAAUCAAAAGGAAAUUGAAGAAUAA